CUGUAUUUUGGUGAGCGAGAAACUGAAGAUAAUCAAGAGCCAGAAAAUUUCUUUCUAGAAGAGAGCAGCUCAGAAAGUGAAAAUGAGAAUGAUGAAGCUAACUCAUGUAUCGAGAUAGGAGAAGCUGAGUUAUCAGAGAAAGAAAAGAUUGAAAAAUUCAUUGCGGAUACUUGCAAGAGUAAAUUAGCAGAACAAGGAGAGGCUUGCAGCACUAUCCUCUCAAGAGAUGACUUUUACGACAGUCGGAACAACUACCAGGAGUUGUCUUCAGCAGAGCUCGAUCUUGUUAUCCUUGGAGUAAUUCAAAGUUACUUGAACUGUGGCGACGUCAGCUUUUCAGGAAGAACAGAAAAACAGCGCGAGCGGACAAGAAUGGUCUUCUUUUACCACGGUAGAAGGAUCUGUAAAGAAACAUUUUUAUUUUUACAUUCAGUAAGCCGAACAAGGUUCUGUAGCCUUCUGAAACAUUAUAAGACAAAUGGACUCACAUUGCGAGUUCACGGAAACAGUAAGCGUUUACCAAGUAGCACGUCUUCUGUCGAAACUGUGGAGAACGUUGUUAAAUUCAUUAUGAACAUUGCUGAGGAGCAAGCACUUAUCCUCCCUGGACGUUUUCCCGGGUUUAAAAGAGUGGAUGUGAAACUUCUGCCAUCUGUUUUAACAAAAUACAGCUUGUGGAAAACAUACGAAGGGAUAUGUGCGAGUCAAGGUCACAUCUCAGUCAGCUACUCUAAGUUUUGUGACUUUUGGAAUCAACUUUGCCCGUUUGUUUUGAUCAUGCGCCCGGCUACGGACCUGUGCUGGACAUGUCAGAAAAAUAACAAUUUGAUUCAAAAGACGGCAAAUCUUCUGGAGGAACAAAAGGUAGCGGCUGUAAGAGCACAGGAAGAACAUCUUCCACUAUCAGCGGGUGAAAGAGAACUGUACAAGAACUGUUGUAAUCAGGCGAAAGACGACGUUCAAAAACACUUUCGGGAGAUUAACUUAAACGUCCGGCGCGAACCAUGCACAUACAAUGGCACUGUACACUAUUCUUAUGACUACACACAACAGUUACACUACCCGUGUAACCCAAAUCAGUCUGGCCCUAUCUAUUUUAAAACUCCUCGAAAGUGUGGGAUCUUUGGCGUCUGCUGCGAAGCCAUUCCGAGGCAAGUGAACUUUUUAAUAGACGAGAGCGUUUUGACUAGUAAAGCGGCGAAUAGUACUAUUUCGUAUGUGCACUAUUUUUUUGAAAAGCACGGCCUCGGAGAAAAGAAUGCCUAACUUCACGCGGACAACUGUGGAGCACAGAACAAAAACUCUGCUUUUCUCUGGUAUUACAUGUGGCGAGUCAUGACCGGUCUUCAUGUAGAAACACACUAUCACUUCUUAUUAGCCGGCCACACAAAAUUUGCGCCCGAUUGGUGCUUUGGAUUAUUGAAACAAAGAACAAGGCGAACAUUUAUUUCUUCACUCUUUGACAUAGGUACAUGUGUAGAGGAAUCUGCAUCAGUAAAUGUGGCAGAACUCGUAGGUCUCCACGAUGGAACGGUGCUUGUUUCCACCUAUGACUGGACGAACUGUCUUUCACAGUUUUUUAAGAAACUCCCUAAGAUCAAAUCAUAUCAUCAUUUUCGUUUCCACAAAGACUUUCCGGGAACUAUUUUCUGCAAGAAGUACUGGAACUCUGAAGAAUUAGCAAUAAACAUUUUAAGAAACAAUGCAAAAUUCCCUGGAGGUGGACAGCUUCCACCCAUAAUCACUCCAAGCGGGAUCAGCCGAGAACGUGCUCAGUACCUGUUUAAGGAAAUAAGAGAAUUCUGUCGGGACGGAACAGAAAAUUUAGUGGCCCCACCAGUCCUAGAAUAA